UCUCAGAUUCGACAUCUAAAACUUUUUAAUCUGUCUUCCAGACUUUCAUCUUCGAUCGCCCUCUCUCUCUCUCUCUCUCUCUCUCUCUCCUCGUUACCUUUUGCUUCUCAGAUCUUGGAUUGACCGUACAGAUCGUUGACCUUCCCAAAUCGGAAUCUGGGCUCGGCUUAAAAAAUCAAAACUUUCUCCAUCGAGGAGCUCGAGACUAACAAUUUAUAUAAGAAAGGUCGAGUCUUUGGAUUUGGGUUAUGAUGAACUAGUAUGGAACUGAUCGUUGUCACACGAAAACAAGAAGAAGAAGAAGAAGAAGAUCAAUAAAGAGAGAUGACGCUUUACAUUCGUCGCGAAUCUUCCAAGCUGUGGAAGAGAUUUUGCUCGGAGAUAACGACGGAGAUCGGUCUCCUCGCUGAGAACUGGAAGUACCUUGUCGCUGGUAUUAUCUGUCAGUACAUUCAUGGUUUAGCUGCUAAAGGAGUUCAUUAUAUUCAUCGCCCUGGACCGACUCUCCAGGAUCUCGGCUUCUUUCUUCUUCCGGAGCUUGGUCAAGAGAGAAGCUACAUAAGUGAGACUGUCUUCACUACUGUAUUUGUUUCCUUUUUCCUGUGGACUUUCCAUCCAUUCAUCCUGAAAAGCAAAAAGAUAUACACCGUCUUGAUAUGGUGCAGAGUUCUAGCAUUCUUAGUUGCCUGUCAGUUUCUCCGUGUUAUAACAUUCUAUUCAACUCAGCUUCCUGGCCCAAACUAUCACUGCCGUGAGGGCUCUAAAGUUGCCAGGAUGCCAUGGCCUAAAAACCCUCUUGAGGUUCUCGAGAUUAAUCCUCAUGUUAUGUACGGAUGUGGAGACCUGAUUUUCUCAUCGCAUAUGAUCUUCACGCUAGUCUUUGUCCUCACUUACCAGAAGUACGGCACUAAGAGGUUCAUAAAGCUGUUUGGUUGGCUCACUGCUUUCGUGCAGAGCCUCUUGAUCAUUGCCUCCCGUAAACAUUACACUGUCGAUGUCGUUGUCGCAUGGUAUACUGUGAAUCUGGUGGUGUUCUGUCUAGACAAGAAACUGCCAGAACUACCAGACCGGACUACGGUGUUACUCCCAGUGAUCUCAAAAGACAGAACAACGAAAGAAGAGAACCACAAGCUGUUGUUGAAUGGGAACGGUGUUGAUCCUGCUGACUGGAGACCAAGGGGUCAAGUGAACGGGAAGAUAGAUAGCAACGGAGUUCACACUGAUAACUCAAUCAAUGGCGCAUGAAACUCACCACACCAGACCUUUGGGACACAAAUAUGUAUAUGAAAACAGAUAAUCGAUGGCUGUCAUGAAGAGUCUUGAAUUAUUCUGUAAGGGUGGUAAAGUUUUGUUUUUUUUUGGUCAUUGUUCCAGAAAGGAAGAACAAUUCAUAGAGAGAAGUGCUAUUUUGUAUAUUUUCCAGCUACUUGAUCCCCAAGUAAUCAUCUUUUUGUUGGAUCUCUGUUUUUGUUUUCAUUUUGUGUCAAUUUUGUUAUUAGAAACUGUGUGUUAUCUUUGAGACGUUGUUAUGCAUUGCGCAUUCGUUUUCAAUUUGGAAUAUUAAAAAAAAAAACUCUUUACGUUCA